GUGCGGCUGUCACGUGAGCGCGGGGCUGGCGGCAGGGCUGGAAGGGAAGAUGGCGGCGGAGAGGGAGCCCCCGCCGCUGGGGGAGGCGCGGCCCGCCGACUUCGAGGAGCUGGAGGAAGGCGAGGACCUCUUUACCAGCACCGUGUCCACCCUGGAGUCAAGUCCUUCAUCUCCAGAGCCAGCAAGUCUUCCUGCAGAAGACCUCAGCACAAACUCCAAUGGUCCAAAGCCAGCAGAAAUCAUGCUAGAUGAUGACAGAGAAGACCUCUUUGCUGAGGAACCUAUCUUGUUACAGCUUGUAGGAAUGCUUAACCGGAGAGGAAGAGAACGAAGUUCCACAGAAGCAACAGAAGAAGUUUCACUGGACAGUCCAGAGAGGGAUCCAAUACUUUCACCAGAACCUACUCCUGCAAUCACUCCUGUAACACCUACAUUAGUAGCUCCCAGAAUGGAAUCGAAAAGUGUAACAGCCCCUGUGAUUUUUGAUAGAUCCAGAGAAGAGAUUGAAGAGGAAGCAAAUGGAGAUUUAUUUGAUAUAGAAAUCAAUGUAUCUGACCCAGAGAAAGUUGGAGAUGGCAUGAAUGCUUAUAUGGCAUACAGAGUAACAACAAAGACAUCACUUUCCAUGUUCCACAAAAAUGAAUUCUCGGUUAAAAGAAGGUUCAGUGAUUUUCUUGGCUUGCACAGCAAAUUAGCAACAAAGUACAUGCAUAUUGGUUACAUUGUGCCUCCAGCUCCAGAAAAAAGUAUUGUAGGCAUGACCAAGGUUAAAGUAGGCAAGGAAGAUUCUUCAUCUACUGAAUUUGUAGAGAAAAGAAGAGCAGCUCUAGAAAGGUAUCUACAACGAACAGUAAAACACCCAACCUUAUUACAGGAUCCAGAUUUAAGACAGUUCUUGGAAAGUUCCGAGCUGCCGAGAGCAGUUAACACCCAGGCUCUGAGUGGAGCAGGAAUAUUGAGGAUGGUGAACAAGGCUGCCGAUGCUGUCAACAAAAUGACAAUCAAGAUGAAUGAAUCGGAUGCAUGGUUUGAAGAAAAACAGCAGCAAUUUGAGAAUCUGGAUCAGCAACUUAGGAAACUUCAUGCCAGUGUCGAAGCAUUAGUCUGCCACAGAAAAGAGCUUUCAGCCAACAUAGCUGCCUUUGCUAAAAGUGCUGCCAUGUUAGGUAAUUCUGAGGACCACACUGCUCUGUCUAGAGCUUUGUCUCAGCUUGCAGAGGUUGAGGAGAAGAUAGAUCAAUUGCAUCAAGAACAAGCUUUUGCUGAUUUCUAUGUGUUCGCAGAACUUCUUGGUGAUUACAUUCGUCUCAUUGCUGCAGUAAAAGGUGUGUUUGAUCAUCGAAUGAAAUGCUGGCAGAAGUGGCAAGAUGCUCAGGUCACUUUACAAAAAAAACGUGAAGCUGAAGCAAAGCUCCAACUUGCCAACAAACCUGAUAAAUUGCAGCAAGCUAAAGAUGAGAUAAAGGAGUGGGAGACAAAAGUUCAGCAAGGGGAAAAAGAUUUUGAACAGAUCUCCAAAACCAUUCGCAAGGAAGUGGGAAGAUUUGAGGCACAACGAGUGAAAGACUUUAAAACUGUUAUUAUCGAGUACUUAGAGUCAUUAGUGCAAACACAACAGCAGCUAAUAAAAUACUGGGAGGCAUUCCUACCUGAAGCCAAAGCCAUCGCCUAAAAGAAGAAUAUUCCAAAUGACAAGACACUCUGGAUGUUUGUCCUGGAUAAAACUAAAUUCCACAGUGAAAUCACUUUAAAUCAUCCAAAUAAACCACUAUAUAUUUUAUGAAUUAACGUGUGGCUUUUUUAUAUACUACAGCAUUUUAUUAACAAGCUGCAUGUCCUGACCCUCUUUGAAGUGGACUGUGGCAUGAUGUUCUGCAAUACAUUGCUGAAUUGAACACUAUUGUGUCUUAAUACUUGCACUAAAAUGUGCACUGCAAGGCCAGAAAGCUGAUAUUUUUUUCUUUACAAUACAAUGUUCUGUAGUAAGUUUACCUGAUCUUUAUGAAACAAAUUUAAUUGCAUUGAUUAAUGUUCACUUAAACAUUCCUGUACAAAAUCAUGUUUUUGUGAUUACAAUAAUAAAGGGAUGUACCUUGUGAACCAUUGAA